AUGACAUCAACAGACAAAAGUUCAUAUUUUAUAGGGGCGCUAGUUCUUGAUUCAUCAUGCUUUAUUUCUUUUUUUAAAUUAUCAAUUAUAAACAAAGCAUCAUCUUUUUAUACGGUUCCUAAUGUUCUAACAGAAAUUAAAGAUAAAUCAUCAUGCCAAACAUUAUCUUUAUGGAAAGAAAAAAUUGUUAUUCGGACGCCUAAACCACUUUAUAUUGAAAAGAUAAUUACAUUUUCUAAAAAAACAGGAGAUUACGAAAUUUUAAGUAUAACAGACAUCCAUCUUCUUGCGCUUACAUAUGAACUUGAAUCUGAGAUGAAUGAUGAUUCUUUUCAAUCAUAUAAAGAACUCUACCAAUCUAAAAUAGACGAAUCUCCAAAAAAAGAUGAUAUUGAUACACUUAUAAAUGAAAAUGAUUUAUCUAAUAUUUCCACACUUAAAGAUUCUUUUGAAGAAAAACAUCAAGAUAAAAAUUUAACGAAUAAUGUUCAUCAACUUGUAAAUGAUUUAGAAAAUAUAAAUUUCAAGGAAAUAGAUGAUGAUGAUAGUGGGUGGAUUACACCCUCUAAUAUUCAUUAUCACAAGUUAUUAAACGAAAGAUCAAACAUGAUUCCUAUGAAAACAACAAAAUAUAUAAAAGUGGCAUGUGUUACAAGUGAUUUUGCAAUACAAAAUAUUCUUUUGCAAAUGAAUUUGAAUUUAGUCUCUCCAGAAACUGGAUUAAAAAUUAAAGCUGUUAAAUCAUGGGUUUUAAGAUGCCAUGCAUGUUUUAAAAUUGUCAAAGACAUGUCAAAGAAAUUCUGUCCAGGAUGCGGAGGAAAUACACUUUUGCGUACAUCUUGUUCUAUAGAUUCUAAUGGCAAAUUUCGAAUUUAUCUCAAACGACAUAUGCAGUGGAAUAAUAGAGGAACUAUCUAUCCAAUUCCUAAACCUCGUCAUGGUUCUGCAUCUGGAAAAGGUUAUAAACCUAUAAUCCUUCGUGAAGAUCAAAAGGAAUAUCAAAAAGCACUAAAAUAUCAAAAAAGAAAAAAAGAAAUAAAUUUAUUAGAUCCAGACAAACUUCCCGAUAUUUUAACAGGCAAAAGAAAUACAUCUUGUUAUAAUGUAGUCAUUGGAAUGGGCAAAAGAAAUCCUAAUGAAAAGCGGAAAUCAAGAUAA